CACAAAGACUUAAGAGAGGAAACAGAAAGACUUCGAUUGCCAAACUUGAGAUCUUUCAAUUUCUCAUGAGUUUUCGUCGAAAUCACAACGUUGUAAGCGCAUUCCAAUUAUCAACAGAUGAAGAAUUUGCAAGAGAUAUAACAAACGUGCGCUUUGCAAAGGAAGGUGCAACGCUUUCGCGCGAAAUACGCUGUGCAGAUUCACGCCGAUGUCUUGUCAAGAUAGACAAUAUCACACGUGAAAUUUUUAAAUUUACGUGAUCGUCACGUCACGUCGUGUUAAUACUUUCGGGACGACAACAUCGCGAAGACAAAAUGAAACUUGGCUUCAUUGUCAUGUUCGUCACGAUUCUACUGGCAUUAUUGAUUACUUCAACGUAUAGGAUAAAUGCCUUUGAAGUAGAUGUUAAGCAAGUCGAGGACGAUUAUGCCAAAGUCCUGAAUCUUUCAUUGAUGUUUUAUGAAGCGCAGCGUUCUGGGAAAUUACCAAGAGAGAAUAGGAUCCCAUGGCGAGGCGAUUCUGCAUUGUAUGACUCUGGUUGGGAGAAUGAAGAUUUAACCGGAGGAUACUAUGAUGGUCAUAAUUAUGUAAAGUUCGGUUUCACAAUGGCUUUCACGACGACAGUUUUGGCUUGGGGUGCGAUCAGUUGGCCGGGAGCUUUUAAUAUCGCUAAUCAACUCGACGAAAUUCGUAAAACUAUCAAAUGGUCUACCGAUUACCUUAUCAAAUGUCACAUAAGCGAGAACGAAUUGUAUGGACAAGUGGGCGAAUUUGAUUUGAAUGAAAUAUUUUUCGGAAGACCCGAAGACAUGUCACGUAACACCUUUAGACCAGUCUACAAAAUCGAUGCGAAACAUCCUGGCUCUGAUCUUGCCGGCGAAACAGCAGCAGCUCUCGCAGCUUCGAGUCUCGUCUUCAGAAGAAUCGAUCCCGAGUAUAGCGCCAAAUGUCUCAAGCAUGCGAAAGAACUUUACAUAUUGGCCAAUCAUUAUCGUGGCUUUUAUCACGAAACGGUACAAAGAUAUAGAAAAAGUGCGAAACAAUUUUACAAUAACACUGAUUACGGUGACGAGUUAGCGUGGGCUGCUAUUUGGCUCCACAAGGCGGAACCACACUUCGAAUAUCUCAAUGAUGCCGAAAAUCAUUAUCAGAAUUUCCAUCUCGAGAAACGACCAAAUGAAUUUUCCUAUAACAACAAGAUUGCCGGAGUUCAGGUGUUGCUAGCUCAAUUAACACGAAAAUUGAAAUAUAAAAAAGCUAUUAUCGAUUUUUGCAACUUCUCAAUGUAUUAUCAGACACGCACGCCUAAGGGUCUUUUGUAUAUUGAUAAAUUAGGUACUCUUUCUCAUGCCGCUAAUAUAGCCUUUAUUUGCAUGGAAGCUGCGGAUUAUGAAAUUGGUCCCUUGCAUCAGUAUGAUAUAUUUGCCAAAGAACAGAUUGAUUAUAUACUGGGAUUAAAAGCAGGAAGAAGUUACGUAGUCGGAUAUGGUGUUAAUUCACCGCAACAGCCGCAUCAUAUUGCAUCUUCUUGUCCGGAUAGACCAAAGUUCUGUAGAUUGCAAGAAUAUAACCAAACUAUAGCGAAUCCGCAGGUUCUUUAUGGUGCUCUAGUUUCCGGACCUGAUGAAAAUGAUGACUUUUUUGAUAAUCGACACGACGGUGAUUAUACGAGUGUAAGGUUAGAUUAUAAUGCUGGUUUUACUUGUGUGCUCGCAAAACUGUUACAACUGCUUUGUUAUGAGAUACGUAUGUCUUCUUCUACUUACGAUAGGCUAUUCAAUGAAAUUAAUUUGUCAUAGCUGUAAUUGACAAAUGUAUAGAAAUAUUUCCGUAUUUAGAAAUCAAAUAGACUAUUUAUCGUGUGUGGACGAUGUUCUUAUGUA